GACGGUCAACCUAACCUUAGAGGUGUUGUUUUCAGUUAGUUGACGAUUUGGUUUUUAAUGUGAACCAAAUCCGAUUUCUUUGACAAUGUCGGAACAAAUAAUUCAGGAAUUGGAGGCGGCGGCCCAAAUUAUCAUGGCACCCCCGAACAUAGUAAACAACGAGCAAAGACACGCCGCCGAAUCCGUAUUCCUGGGUUUCCGAAAAAGUAAAUCGCCUUACGCGAUGUGCCGCGAGAUUUUGGAAAAAUCACAAAAUCCCUAUGUCAUGUUUGAAGCGGCCGAACUGUUGAAAGAGGCUAUUAUCAGAGAAUGGUCGUUUUUGCUCGACACUGACAGGACGUCACUCAGACAAUACCUAAUGCGCUUUAUAACGAGCCAUCAGGUGCCCCAUUACGUAUGCGACAGAAUAUUGCAGGUUAUCGCUAUCAUGGUGAAAAGGGCCAGUAUUGAUGACAGCGGCAGAGAGAGGGGGGUUAUCCUUCAAGAAGUCGAGAACCUAAUAGUCAACGGAGACCCAGACAAGAAAAUAUUGGGAUGCAACAUAAUCUCGAACUUGAUGGAGGAGUAUGCGUCCACCAUUAAAUCGACCGACGUUGGACUGACUUGGGAGGUUCACUUUGUAGCAAAAAAACAAUUUGAAGCCAACGAUUUAAAACGGAUAUUCCAGUUUUGCAUUUAUCUGUUAUCUGAAGUAGCAAAAAAUGACCCGCCCUAUUCGGAUACCGCUGUCCAACUUGCGCGGCACCUGCUAAAGAUCACGGAAAGGGUGUUAAGGUGGGGAUACAUCCCGGCGUUUCUUCCCAAACGUCUGAUUGGGAUCUACGAGUCCGUCUACGAAACGGACCACGCCCCCGCGUUGAAACUGAACUCGUCGUGGUCGGAAAUCAUCUAUAACGAGGACCUAUUGCCGCUAAUGUUCCAAAUCUACUGGAAAGUGAGGAACAUCGAUGAACUGUCGCACCACUCUAUGGCUUGCCUCGUGCAGCUGGCCAGCCUGACGGGCGGCGUUGCGAGGAAAAACCCUCAACGACUGAACUACCUCCACUCAUAUUUGAUGGCGUUUUUCAAACUCAUCUCAAACGUGACCAUCAAAAGCAAAGAGUCGGUGGGCGUGUCCAACAUCGUCCGCAAAUUGGUCAUAUUUUUCAUUCAGGAUUUCGUCAAAUUGCCGGCUGCGGUGCAGGAAACGCUGCUCGAUGAAUUGACCCGCCUCACGUGUCACUUCUGCGACGGCGCCACCAAGGAGGAAGGGGAUUCCGACACGGACAGGUCCUUUGCGGACGCGUUCGACAACAUGCUCGAGGCGUGGACGGGCAUCCUUCAGGAGUUCGGUAGCUCCCUGGACGCGAACCAACGCAACUGCAUCAUUCAGAUUUUCAACAAGUACGUGCAGUGCCAUCUGGGACCUCCCGACGGCACCAGGUUGGACGAGAACGUCUCCCAGGCGGCCGACGAGGACCACGAAGACGGCGAUCGCGUCAAGUACAAGGAACAGCUCCAGACGGUCGGGAUGUUUGGCAGAUGCGUUCCGGGACACUCUUUGCCCGUGUUGUACAGAAUACUCGAAUCCCGUACGGACCAACUCACCGCUCGGAUUCAGUUGAUGCAGCAACGUGCGAUGAGCCUCGACGAAGCGGCAGCCCUCAAUAACGUAUUCGAGGACUUGCACUGGACCAUAUUGAUCGCAGGCCACCUGCUUUGCAUGGAAAGCGAGGGCGAAACCCCGAUGAUUCCCUCGGAUAUCAUGCAAUACAGUAUCGGGCAAAGAAACGCCGGCCAAAGUACGCCGGAAGCGAGUGUGCGCGCAUUGAUGGCGGUCGACGGCAGAGCCGCGACGCCUGCCGACUUGGAACACUGCGACCACGUCAUACGCGUUGCUUUCAACGUAAUGCGUCUAUGCUCGGUAGAAGACGUCGCGGUCGCGAUGAAGUUGGGUCAAUUUAUGAGCCCCGAGGUCGGGUCCACCAUCAUGUGGUUCCUGAGACGCUGGUGUCUUACUUAUCUGCUCCCGAUGGAGAACUAUUACCAAGAACUCAGUCCGGUUCUGUUAAGCUGCGUGGGCCAAGAUACCGAAUGCUCCAAGGCAGUGGUCGCCUUCGUGCUCAAUAAAGUGCAAUCGAACCUCCACAACUUCCACACGGAGCCCAUUUUGCUCAGAGAUACCGUCGAUUUGUUUUGCGACCUCGUCAGCUCCAAGCAAAAGUCCGUGCACAUAAUAAAAACCGAGACCAUGGCGAAAUUGAUAGGCCUCUGUGAGAGUAUCGAGCCCGGCACUUUCCCAUCUGUCGUGUUGAGGGGUUUGUAUAAAGGUCUCUCUCUAGCCGGGGCGUGUUUGACGGAUCCGCAAGAAAUGAACCAUUAUUACGAGACGAUCCUUUCGCCGUUGAAAGUGACGUUCAAAAAUCUCCUCGGUCGGGAGAAUUUUGCAAGGAUUUGUCAGGAGGAACAAGUGCAAAAGGUCGUGAUCGACCUCCUCGAGGCUUUUAUCGGAGUCGCCAAGGGCACUCAGAUGGCGUCCGCGGAGCUGCUAUUUAACGCUCUAGCUCCCGUGCUCGCCGAACUCUCGGUCUUCCUUACGUUUUACAAAGACUUCCAGGUAGUGGUGCAACUGAUACUGGAGAUGUUCGGGCAGGUCGCCAAGCACAUGCUUUGCUACUUGACGCCUUUGAAUAGCAAGAGGUUAUACGAGACUUCUUUGACGACCGUCGAAGCGUACGCCAAAUGCAACGCCAACCGUCUUUCGAACGAAAAGUUCGCCGAGGAAGGUAGCUGUCAAGAUCUGGCGCUGGUCUUGGACCUGCUCACGUUCAUAUUGCCCAAAGACUGUUUCGAUCUGUGCCCGAACGCGAACAAAGAAGAAACGGUGAGGGUGACGGCCAGCGACGUCGCCCUUUUCGGUCUCAACUUCAUCAUGCCACUGAUGACCUUGGAAUUGCUCAAGUUUCCUAACCUCUGCUCCCGAUACUACCGCCUCCUGGUGCUCAUCAACGACAUAUACCCGGAAAAGAUAUGUGUGUUGCCCGAGGAAAUGUUGGCCACCCUGCUGAGGACGAUCGAACUGGGCCUGACGAGUUUCGGUCCCGAAAUCGUGCAAUCGUCUUUGGAUUUCGUUCAAGGUAUGGCGUGUUACUUGUUUCGUUACAAAACGUUGGACACUCGGUUCGGGCACGCGCUCAAACCUUUCCUCAAACUCCUCAUGGACCUGACGUUGUCCUACCAAAUCAACUCGGACAUGAUCACGGCCGCCUCUACUACGAUCUACUGCCUGAUUUGUUGCUACCAGGACGAGUACCAGCUGCUCGUGCAAAGCCUGAUUCAAAUGCAGGCCGAUCCUCUGACUGCCGAGAGACUGGCCGCGGCCUUCGCCAAGCUGAUGGACGAUGUGGCCUUAACAUGCGGACGAGAACCAAAGUUGAAAUUCCGUGACAACUUCGACAAGUUCGUCGCCAACGUGCACGGCUUCCUGUUGGUCAAGUAGGAGGGGGCGCGGUUCAAAUCUAACACACCUCGACCAAUGAAAACUUGUCACGAAGCGAGGCCACGCCCUCCUGCGACACGCGAUACCAGAACGCGGUCUAUUUUUGUAUCCUUAUUUUCCCCUUUUAGUUGUACAAUAAAAUCGUUCUUUUUUU